AUGCGGACUCAUUGUCGUCGAGCGAAGAUCCACGAUGUGGAACACAAGAGGAUCCAGAAGCUGCUGGCCUCCGAGUACUCGGAUUUCUCGGAUACCAUCCUCGUUGAAUCUCCAUUCGCGGAGACCAGCAAGCACGGACGUGGAAUUCGUCAGGUUUCGCUUGGUCUCACGCCGACCAAAUUGAUCAUAGCAGCGGACAUUUUUAGAGGCAUGCAGCACUUCUGUCCGCGCGGCCUCGAUCCAAGCAUCGAGAGCUUCGAGCUGAUCUCGAUGUAUCCGUUGCAGUACGUUAACCUGAGCGUGUUCAGCCGGAGGCAUCGCAAAACUCUAAAGGCAAGAUUUUCUGACGGAAGAGCAAAUUACUACGAACUCGGUGGUAUACAAAAAAGAAAUAUUUUCUGGAGUAAAUGGUGCGACGAGGUGGAGAGUUUACUGAGAAAAAGAAGGGACAGAAGUUCUCUAUCAGAAACUACUGCAGCGACCUCAUCAAGUACCACGACGCUGUAUCUCCUUUCGUCAGAGAUCGAGAUUCGAAAAGGGGCCAGAAAAAAAGGACGGAAGGCAAUGUGCAGAGUAUGGGCCCACUACGGAGGCGCUGGCGACUCCGCGCCUCCAACAUGGACGCAAAAAGACCUCUACCUUGGCCCAAAUUACAACGAUUUAACAAACGGCCAAUACGCGCCUGUUCCCGUGCGAUUCGCUGAUGUCAGUCUGGAGGAUGUUCAAGAUGAACUGAAAGAUCGAUCGCCGAGUAAAGGAGACAACAAGGUCAGUUUCAGCUGGCCGAUGUGUUCGUGUCUCGAGAAGAACCCCCAAAAUGAGGGCCUCUGCGACGUGCUCUUCAUCAGAGACCAGAAUCAUAGAUAUUGUAACACGAAGAAAUUCUACACAAAUUGCUCAAGCUGUCCCUGCCAGAAUGUAAUCGUUGGUGACAAGGUUUUCGAGAAGCGAAACGUGUGGUACAAAGAAGAAGAGGAAAAACUCGAUCCUCUGGAAGAGGCGAAACUCCCUAAGAAAUGUUUAACGGGACGAAUAUCGCGGUUCGGAUUCGGUGUAGCCGAGAAAUGUAAUUCAGGAUUGGUGCUCAAGGAAUGCUACCCGGUGAGAAACGGCGCGAAAAACGCGCAGAAUUUCUGUCUUCUCAUGGAGAACGCGGUGAAACUCUGGGAAGACGAUAGAAAAGGUCGCUGCAGGUCUUCGAAGCGUCCUAAACAUUUCAGACGAUACGGUCUCUGCGCUGCAGCACAUUUUCUACAUUCGUUGGGGCCCUGGUCCGUUCAACCUGGAGAACGAAGUUCUCUGCAAGGCCGUAGAUCGUUCAGUCUUGUCGCUAUUCGGCGACAGCCAGCUGACACAGAGCUCAAACUUCCUGUAUCGCGACGUCAGCUGUCCGCCAGUAUUUCUUACACGGCUUUGCAAUCAGGUAGGUUUGGAUCUAUUGGGACCGGAACUGAAGGACGCGUGGUACUAUUCUGGACCCCGGACUACUGGUACCGUCCCAGACCUGCCACCGCUGCCUACAGGGAGCUGAGACAACACCUGAACCAUCUGAAGAACUACCGACAGGAGAAGGAACGACCGAUGAAACGGAACUUCUUCUCCAGAAGAAAAAAGUGCCACUGCGACGAGGACUCCAUCAUCGUCGCCGAAGAGAAACCCAGUUUCUUAGAGAGGAUAUUUUCCGGGAAUGGGUCCACCAAAAGAAAGAAGAAACACGAGAAUCAGGAGAAUGAUCACACGGUUCAGUUGAGAAGAAUGUUGAGAAUGGACUUCAGGAUUACCAUUUGGGAUAUGGAUAGUAGCACUCUAGCGACGCAGGUGACCCUCAUAGAUCGUGAUCUUUUCGUUCGAAUUCCCGCGGAUGAGAUCGAAAUCGUGAUCUUCCAAAGGAGCUCCAGAAAUGCGCCCAAUUUGGCGGCGUGGAUUGCGUUCAGCCACAGGGUCUCGUGUCUCGUCACCAGCGAGAUAGUUGUCAUUAAAAAGUUAAGCAUCAGAUGUAGAAUUAUCGCGAGGCUCGUGAACGCAGCAUGCAAGUGUUUCGCCAUGGGAAAUUUUCAUUCGUGCAGGUCCAUUUUAGCCGGUCUACAAGCUCCGCCGAUUUACAGGCUACGACGUACCUGGUCUUACUUACGUGUUCAUCAUGCUAACAGAUACGAAGCGAUGGAACGUCUCUGCAAGCUUUACAAAAGUCCCUAUACCCCGUCGUACCGACGUGCCUGGUCGAAAGUCGAGAGAAACCCACCUUCGAUGCCAUUCGUUGGUGACCUCUUGACGAAGCUUCUUGGCUUGAGUAAUACGGGCCGCCAUCAGGAGUUCAAUAACAACUUCUCAUCUGUUAAAGCGAAAAUAUUUUCGCAAUAUCCAAAGGACACGGAUCCGUCUUACGUUACUAAAGCCUCUUCCGACUUGAAAGGUACACAGGUUUCCGAAGAGAAACAAGGCGUGGGUAGACGUAUUCUGUCGGUGUUGAUAAAAAGAAGGUACAGACAGAAUCAAGGAACGAUCCCCGAGGAACAGUCAGAGUUAUUGUGGACGUCCAGGGAUCAAGACUUGGCAUGGAAAUAUUAUUACCAUUGGCGAAACGUUAUCCUGAAGCGUAGAGUCUUGGCCAAGGAACAGGAGAGAUUAAGGAGCAUGGACCCACGGAUGAAACGGGUUCUGGAUGUCGCAUCGUGGCUGGCGGAUUGCCAGAAACGGGCUCGAGAAUACGAUUUUCCGGGGCAUUCGUUCACAAAGGAGUUUUUGCUGAAGUCUCGGUACAGGGAGGACAGGGAGAACUUCUUUAUUAGCCUGAAACUAGAACCAUCGAAGAUAACUUGA